ACUUUUUAUCCCUGUUGCUUAGCUAGCUUUUCUAUCAACUCAAAUUUCAUAAUCCCAGUUGAUAACUCAGAAGAAGAAAGAAAAAAAGAGCUCCAAGAUUUGUGCGAUGGAACCAACCAGGAAUUAUGAAACAUAUAUCAUCUCUGCUCCAGAGGCUCCUCCAUGUCCAAACACACCACUUCAGGACCCCAAAGAGAGCAAACAGAAACUAGUUGAGGAAGAUGAAGAGGAAGCUAAUAAAGAUCAAGAAAAAGAGAUGAAGCCCAAUAUUUUAGUAGAUCUUGAGGAUUCAAAUGGUGGGUUCAAUCCAGAACUCAACCUCAUUGAUUGCCUGGACAUCGGUUCAUCAGAAGGUACAGCUGCCCCUAGGUCUGAUGCGGCAGAGCCUAGAGUUUUCUCAUGCAACUACUGUCAAAGAAAAUUCUACAGCUCACAGGCACUCGGAGGGCACCAAAAUGCCCACAAAAGAGAGAGGACCCUAGCAAAGAGAGGACAGAGGAUGUUAGGGACACAUGUAAUGGCCUCAGCAGCUGCAGGUUUUGGGUACCCUUACUUGCAUCAUCACCAUCACCACCAUAUUUCAAGCUUGGCUUCUCUGCCUCUCCAUGGCGCUGCUUAUAAUCACAAAACUUUGGACAUUCAGGCGCACUCAAUGAUUCACAAGCCUAAUUCUCACAUGUCAUCUUCUUCUAUUGGGUUCGGAAGUUCGUAUGGAAAUCGUGGCUACAGGUCAAGACCGCUCAUUGAUCAACAACCAGCAAUUGGGAAGCUAGCCGCAGCAGCGGCAGAGAAUUUCCAAACGACGUCAGGUAGAGGCGGUGCUGGUAGAUUUGACAUGGGAAAGAACAAGAUGGGUUCCCAAGCCAAUGACGAAAUUGGUAAAUUCUGGUUGGCAAACGGCAGUCGUUUCAAUAGUGAUCAGGAGGAAAUGAAGAAGCUUGACUUGUCCCUCAAGCUCUAGGUAGUUUAGCAUAGGCUCUGCACAAUUCUUAUUCAAUGUAACAUAUAUGAUCCUCUGUUUUUGUUUUCUUUUUUUUCUGUUAGUAUUGAGAUGUUGUUUAAAUUUUCUUGUUCAAAUUUCGAAUAUGGUUCAUGGUUGUAUAAAUUUUUUUUUUCAGAACGGC